AUGAUGGAUUUUGACGAGCACCGGGUGCCCGUGGGGUCCAACGUGUAUUUGCCCAGCUGCACCUACUACGUGUCCGGUACCGAGUUCUCGAGCCUGCCGCCGUUCCUGCCCCAGACCCCGUCCUCCUGUCCCGUGUCGUACUCGUACUCUUCCCCCGGUAUCCCGCAGGUCCAGUCCGUGCGGGAGGUCGCCUUCCGGGACUACGGAAUUGACCCGGCCAGCAAAUGGCACCACCGGGGAAAUUUGUCCCACUGUUGCGGCACGAGCGCCGACGAUACGGUGGUGCACCGAGACUGUCUCUCGAGCCCCGGGACACUGGGGGAGAUGUUCGCGAAAAACAACUCGGUUGUUUAUCAUCCCGCGACCGGCCACCACGCGACCAACCUCUACGGCGGCGUCGGUAGAAACGGAGUCCUACCGCAAGCGUUCGAUCAGUUCUUCGAGACUGCCUACGGGAGCACGGACAGCAGCUCGUUAACGGAGCACCAACAGCACCCGCAGCAGUCGGUGGACAGGACCACCGGUAAACCACCACCGCCACCUUCCGCUGCAACGGAGUCCAGUUCGGACACGUGCCGGGAAACGGGAGAGAAAGAACGGCGAGAGCAGGACAACAGCAGCCCCGGAUCCUCUUCCGGCAACAAUGAGGAGAAGUACCGAGACGCCAGUGGCCAGAGGACACGGAAAAAGCGAUGUCCAUACACCAAGUACCAGAUCCGUGAGCUCGAGAGGGAGUUCUUCUUCAGCGUGUACAUCAACAAGGAGAAGCGGCUGCAGCUCUCGCGCAUGUUGAACCUCACCGACCGGCAGGUCAAGAUCUGGUUCCAGAACCGGAGGAUGAAGGAGAAGAAGCUGAACCGGGACCGGCUGCAGUACUAUAGCGCGAACCCGCUGCUGUGAGCCCGAGGAGCCAGCUGGGAGCGGGAAGCACGCGCGAGAGAAGGCCCCGCGCCGCAUGGGACAGCACAGACGCAACGCGACGCGACGCGAUGGUUAAUUUCAAGUUCGCGGCUACGCGGGCAACAUUUCCGCCCCUUCGGACACUA